AGAUAAGGGGCAAAGGGAGGUAAAGAGGGUCGGUUUAACUUAUAUUAUUUUCCUCAUGAAAAUGACAUAAUAGCCAAAAACCAAUGGCAAAUAAAGUCAAAAUGUUAAUUAUGAGGCAGGCAUACCAAUAACCAUCUUCUGCUUCUCUGCACUGCCUACCCUUUAACCAAAACCCUCUGUUUUGCCCUAUAUAUAUACACCCUUUUCACUGCCCCUAUCAAACCUCAAAUCCAUAAUUUCAUCCAUGGCUGAUAAUAACCUAAGGAUUGUUGUGGAGAAAAACCCUUCAGAAUCUAAGCUUUCAGAGCUUAACAUCAAGUGUUGGCCCAAAUGGGGUUGCUCACCUGGGAAAUACCAGUUGAAGUUUGAUGCAGAGGAAACAUGUUAUUUGCUGAAAGGGAAAGUGAGGGUAUACCCAAAAGGUUCGGCAGAGUUUGUAGAGUUUGGUGCAGGAGAUCUUGUUACUAUCCCUAAAGGUCUUAGUUGCACUUGGGAUGUCUCUGUUGCUGUUGAUAAACACUAUAAAUUCGAGUCUUCUUCACCACCUCCUUCUUCUUCCCGUUAGUAAUAUAAUCAUCCUUCUGCUAUAUCUUCACUCAUUCUUUCAAAUUCUUUUUUGUUAAUUACUAGUGCAAAUUAAUUUCUUCUCUUUUCUUUUUAAUUUAAGCUUGUAUUUAUAUUAUUAAAAAUUAAUAUAUUUUAUGAAAUAAUUAGAUAA